AUGAAGUUCGCCGCCGUUCCCGUUCUGGCCCUCUGCCUUUCUCUUGUCAGCGCGCAAGAUGAUCCCCAGCGCGGCUUUGGCCUGGGUGGAAGAACCGCGACUGCUGCCCCUGCGACACGGGAUCGGGAGAUUCGAUCUACUGCAACGGUGGGAAUCUUGGACCUCCAGGAAGAAACGCAUCGGACUGACUCGUGCGUGCUAGUCGACAAAACCUCGACGACUGGUUACAGAUGCUCCAAGUUGAACCCGCAGCACGCCUGGUGCCACGCCAACAAAGGAAAGUGUGGUGACUGGGACCAUCUCGCUUAA